UUGAUCACCAGUCCUUUGCUCUCCUUCUUUGAUGUGUUUAUUUUAUUCUCUCUCUCUCUCGCACACACACACACGCACGCGCUCGCGCGCACACACACGCAUGCACUCACAGUCUCCCUAAUUGAGGGCACGCAUUUCAUUGCUGCCGUCGAUUACGUGUCUAACAUUAAGCAGGGCAAAGAAACGAAACGAGAGAGAGAGAGAGAGAGAGAGAGAGAGAGAGAGUUGUGUGCUUUAGUGGGGAUGCUGCUUGACUCUCAUCAGCGACACUAAGGAGAAACAUGGACAGAAGGGUGACUGGAGGAAGAGGAGGGCUGAAGAAGAGCACACACAUCGUCCCCUGCUUUUUAUUUGUGGAAUUGGUCAUCAUGUCGGCUGUGGUGUUGUUGGCGUAUUAUUUUGAGUACACAGACACAUUUCCUGUCCAUCUGCGUGGUUUCUUCUGCUUCGAUCGGACAUUCUCUCGCCCGUACCUCGGUCCUGAAGAGUCCAGUCGAGCUCCUCCUGCGCUCGUCUACUCACUUGUCACUGCCAUUCCCACCAUCACUAUCCUGAUCGGUGAGUGUGCAGCAUUUUUCUCAAAGCCCGAGUGUCCACAGGAGAAAACCAUUGUCACUGCAGACUGCUGUUUUUUCAGCCCCAUGCUGCGCCGCAUCGUCCGAUUCCUGGGCAUUUACUCCUUUGGCCUCUUUGUCACCACCAUCUUUGCAAACGCAGGACAGGUGGUGACAGGAAGUCAGACGCCUCACUUCCUGUCUGUGUGCCGUCCGAACUACACAGCGCUGGGCUGCCGCUCUCCGCUUCAGUACAUCAGUGAGAAAAGGGCGUGUCGUGGGAAUCCCUCCAUCAUCACAUCUGCCCGCAAAUCUUUCCCCUCUAAAGACGCCGCCCUGAGCACCUACUGUGCCGUGUACACCGCUAUGUACAUCACUUUGGCGUGUAAGACUAAAGGUACGCGGUUAGCCACACCCAUUCUAAGCCUCGGAGUCAUCUCAUUGGCUGUCAUGGUGGGUGUGGUUAGAGUGGCAGAGUACCGAAACCACUGGUCUGAUAUUCUAGCAGGUUUCAUCACAGGGGGCGCCAUCGCUAUGUUUCUGGUUACAUGUGUGAUUAAUAAUUUCCAACAGAAGUUGCCCCCUGCACCUCUGCCUGUCCCACUCCCUCAACCUCCACCUCCAUUUGAACUGCCCCCUAUCACCAUGCCUGGUGUAGAGAGUCCACUCGAAAAGUUAAGUGACCUUCAGGAUUCAGGCACUUCGUUCUCAGGUGUCACAUGAUGAUCGGCGUUAUUUACUCUCCGCCCCUCCUGAUGUUCUUGUUCAAUCCCGUCGCCCCCUUACCAGUGCAGUGUAAACCUCCACCCACCUAUUACUCUAUCUGUACAAAGCUCUGCCCAGUCCUCACCUCCUCAUAUCAUAUUCACGCAUAUCAUCACUUUAAAAUCAAUUACUAGUGCCCUCACUGAGUUUUACACACUAGUGCAUUAAAGUGGCCUAGUUCACUACAGAGUACUAGAUUAGAGACGGACCCUCACACUGAAAUCAUACAAUCAAGUGUACGUAUCAUUUAUAAACUACUGAACUGCUGCAUGCCAUAAAUCUUGUGACAAGAUUUACUCAACCAAGGGGAAGUGGACAAGAGGAAGUGGACAAGAGGAAGUGGACAAGAGGAAGUGGACAAGCAUAGAAUAGAAUAGAACGGGGCAUAGAAGCCUUUAUUAUCGCCACAUAUACAGUACAGCACAGUGGAAUUCUUUUCGUCACAUACCCCAACUGAGGAGGUUGGACAAGAGAAAUUGGACAAGGGGACGUGGACAAGAGAAUGUAGCUGUUGCCAAUCACAGUUACAUAACUGUAGAUAUUUUUUCUCUUUGUUCCAUUUAAUCCAGUUUGUAAACAUUUAGUGUUCCUUUGAUCCUCGAACAAUGACUCUGUCACAUUUUUGUGAACUCUGUUGUUAAAAAGCUUUUAUAGUUAAUUAAAGCACAAGUAAUAAAUUCACUUUAUUUUAACAAUCUAUAAUGUAAAAUUAAGACUAAUAAAAAACAUUUUUAUAAACUAAAGGAAAUAUAUAAAAAUGGAAAUUACAUUAAAAAAAUAAUAUCAGGAAUUCAUAUAUAAAAAUAUUUACUUUUUUAGUGAAUAAAAAUUUAUUGUUUUCUUUCUUGUUUUCGCUGAUAAACUGCAGAAAUAUUAAAUAAACCUGAAAUAUAUAUAUAUAUAUUUUAUACAAAACUAUAUCAGAUCACUAAUACUGAACUUCAUGACAUGUGCAUUUGUGUUCUUGAUAUUAAAAGAAAAAUGUGAUGUCUAAAAAGAUAUCAGGGCUAAAAAUACACUCUGUGUCAUCACCUGAAAUAAAUCAUAGUAAAUUAAGAAAAACGUAAUUACUACUUAAUUUAAAACUAAAGUAAAAUGUAAAAAUAUAUGAAGUAAAAAUAAAAUGUUGAGGAAAAAAUUUUUUAUUUUGUUUUAUUUAUUCUAAAAACAAAACUGAUUUAAAAAAAACUAAAACACCAAGCAGAAUUAAAUAAGUAAUAAAGAGAAAAUUUCUAAUAAUCAUCUGGUGUAACAUAACAGUACUGUUCGUGUGAGAGGCCAAAUAAAUAAUAAUAAAUAAUUAGAAUGUCUAGAAUAUAAUGUAGAAUGUAAAAGACUAAUGUAAAGGCUGAAAUCUGUAAAAUGUAACUAUCAUUUUGUCCUUAUUUAAUAUUUAAUAAAUAGACUACAGAAUGCAUACAGAAUAUAAUGAAACCCAGAGCAGUUUUAUAUGGACUGUAAAGUUGGUCCUUCAUGUCACUAAUUGUACCUAGAGAUAUUUUAAUAUGUCGAUAUUGUUCAUUUUUAUUCUCCCACUGUGGUGUCACAUAUUGUAAUGUGAAAUAUUUUUGUGACAUA